GGUGAUUAAAAAAAAAACCCUUUUGAAAGACCUUGAUAAAAUCCAUAAAUUUAGGGGGUAAAAUGAAAGUUAUCCUUCUUUUUCCCCUUGCACAACCAAACGAGAGAGAACGGAAAACAAAGAAAGAAAGACAAAAAGGAAGGAAGAAAAUAGCUAUCUUUGAGGAAGCGAAUCAAUGGAGGAUUAUGAGAAGGCCGCAACAGUAAUGUGUACAGUGAUAGGCAUGGACUACGCCAACAGUCUCUCUUACAGAGCCUGCUCACUCUGCGAGAGAACUCUUCCUGAUACUCUCAAUGCCCUUUGCAAAUUCUGCCACAACAAUACCGCCGCCUCCUCUUCCAAGCGCCUAUUUCGUGUCCUUGUUUCCAUAGCCACGGAUACCAAGGUGCUUAAUGUCAUGUGCUUUGAUAGGGCUGCUACAGUCUUGUUUGGCUGCUCUGCUGAUGACUUCUUUCACUUUUCCAAGCUUCACCCUUUCGCUGCUUCCAAUGCUGCUAAAAUUUUGGAAGGAGAGAUGUUUAGAAUGACUUUGUCCAAACCAAAGAAUGGUAAUGCACAACACUUGCGAGCUGUCUCUAUUGUACCUUUGAGGUCUGGUUUCAAGCCAGCAAUUGAAUCAUUGAAGGAAUUCUAUGGGGUAAAACCAGCAACUUCUUGAUUCUUUUAUCCAUUCAUCAUUGGAUUGACAAUGCCAUCUGUUUUAGCCAAAUUUUCCUUAAAAGAGUAGUUUGUGGCAAGGAGGUCUUGUGGGUUGGAUACUGGUUUAAAAUGAUAAUUUGUUUUGCUUCUGAGUUCUGUUUACGACACUUGAGAAAUCAAAGGCACCGAGGCUCCUUUCUACUGAAGAAAAUAAUUGCUCAUUGGUAGUGGCAAAUUGGCUGCGGGGUGUGUAUCAAGAGACACUACAGUCUUAAGCUAUGCAUUCCAGGUCUUAAGCAUUCAAGGAUAUCUUUUUAGGGUAUCAAUUGUUUGAGUAAUAAACUGGGUAGAGCUCAGCCUAACUUACUUGAAAUCGUCAUUCUCUGGGAGAAGUGUCUGCCGAUUACCUAUGUAACAGACUAUAUUUCUCUUUACAUACAGUAAUGCUUAUAUUUCCCGGUCUUGUAUAUCAUAAAUGGGUGAUAUCAAUGC